AGUCCUCUGGUACCUUCCACAUCAACGCAUUCACAAACCGAGUGAAGCGAGACUUCUAAGGGACUUUCGGACUCUUUAAGGAUACUCUUGAGGGAAAAUGGAUCCUUGCGAUUGUGCCAAGACUGGAACUUGCAACUGUGGUGCCACGUGCAAGUGCACUAAUUGCCAGUGUACAACAUGCAAGAAGAGCUGCUGUCCCUGCUGCCCGUCUGGUUGCAGCAAGUGCGCCUCUGGCUGCGUGUGUAAGGGCAACUCCUGCGGCUCCAGCUGCUGUCAGUGAGGAGGCCAACGUGAUGUUUUGUUCCAAUGUGAACUUGUUCGUCUGUGCUGCGCAGCUUCGUUUUUGAAUCGCACGAACGUUGUCUUUUUACAAGAUGAUGAUGAU